ACAUGAUUGUAGCCCGACUGAUGAAGAACCUUCGUCCCCAAUCCAUGUCUCGCAAGUGGCGAGCUUUACUGCCCCCUCGCCACCGGGGCUAAUCAACAGCUCUAUGGCGCCCCUAAUCCCGUCCUGUCCCUGCAGACCACACUCCUACGUACACACUUGCGCUCGGUACUAAAUCGCACCAUCCUGCCAUCAUCGCUCCCUCCCGUACACUUGCUCAUAGAUUUAAUCCCCUAUUAACCCAGAUCAAACCUAACCGUGCUGUGUGCCACAGCUCCAUGCUUCACUCACAAGCCACAGGUCACCAGAAUAGCAGUGAGUCUCCUGCUGAUGCUAUGCCAUUAGAAAGAAGCUUUUGGCGUUGCCAUCAUGCUCGCUUUCACUCGCCCAACUAAAAUGUCCCCAUGCUGUCCCUGUCUUACGCUACCGCUCUUAUUUCCAGCUGCCAUGACGACAAGUGUUUCGCGCCGCGAAGCUUUUCUCCUCCUGCUGCUGCUGCAGCUCCUCGCCGCGACCGUUGCGCUUGCCGUUCCGCAGCAGCAGGAGCUGCAGCUGCAGGAUACCGUCCUGCUUGACGACGUCGUGCAGGAGGCCGCGGAGGAGUGGUACCACGGGAGGCACCGGAGGACGGGCGUCGCGUACCCGCUCGCCCUCCCGGGGAGCCUGUCGGGCGUCGAGGCCACCGUGGCGCGGUUCCGCUCCGGCAGCCUGCGGAGGUACGGCGUCCGCCGGUUCGGGGAGUUCACCGUGCCGCCAGGCCUCGCCGUGCGCGGCCGCGCCGCGCACUUGAUCGCGGUGCGCGUCAACCUGGGGAACCUCUCGUCCGUCUACGACGACUACGCCGUGGGCGCCGGCUACCGCCUCGCGUCGCCGGUGGUCGGGCUCAUGUUCUACGGCCUGGUGCGGCGCAACGGCACGGCGGCGCUGGAGAUCGACCUGACGGACGCCGCCAUCCGCGUCAACUUCUCGGUGGCCGUGCCCGCGCUCCAGCCGGGGGCCGCGGCGCUCUGCAUGGCCGUGGGGCUCAACAGCAGCAUCACCGUGACGGACGUGGAGGAGGGGACCAACAUCUGCCACGCAUCGGACCAGGGCCACUUCGCGCUCGUCGUCGGGGGAGUGAGCGACGGCGGCGGCGGCGGCGGGGAGGCGGACAUCGGGGAGGUGAGCAAGUGGAAGCUGGCGCUGUUCGGCGCGGCGCUGGGCGCGGGCGGCACCGUGCUGCUGGGGAUGGUCGCCGUGGCCGUGGUGAGCAUCCAGCGGCGCAAGUCGGAGGUGGCGGAGAUGGAGCGGCGCGCCUACGAGGAGGAGGCGCUGCGCGUGUCCAUGGUCGGCCACGUGCGCGCGCCGUCGGCGGCCGGGUCCCGCACCACGCCGGACGAGCUGGAGACCGAGUACUGCGCCACAUUGUGACACGGUUCAGGCAGGAACUUGGAAGUAAAAGAAUUGCUUGUAGUUUAAAAUUUAUUUUUGUCUAGUAACUUUGAUCGACAUUCUUUAUGUAAAAUUGUCAGUGGUAAUACCUUGAUUGAAAUAAUGGAGGAGGUAAACUCGGGGUACUAGUUUGUACUAGCUGUACUUACACAGUCUUAAGUUAUUUGUAGUUCCUGUGUCUUGUAAGUAUCAACACUGUAAUUCCCUGUGUCUUUCUGUUAACAACAUGCUUGUCCAUUCUUUCAUGGACACCUAUUCC